AUGGGGUUUCCUACAACCUAUACUCAAUGGGUUAUGGAGUGUGUUAAAACUGUAAGCUACAACAUUAAGAUAAAUGGAGAGCCCACCAUGCCUUUUGAUGCUGCCCGAGGAUUAAGGCAAGGUGACCCUAUGUCAGCUUUCCUGUUUGCAAUUGGCAUGGAAUACCUUAGUAGAAUGUUAAAUGCUCUUAAGGAGUUCCAUUUUCACCCAAGGGGUGAUUUAGCUUCUGUAAUUGUCCUACAAGCAUGCUUUGCUAGGUUUUCUCAGUCUUCAGGUUUGCAGGCUAACCUUGGGAAAAGUUCAGUGUAUUUUGGUGGAGUCUCACAAGCUGUUCAAGAGAGCAUCCUGCAUAAGUUGGGAUCUCAUCUUGGACAGCCAGGAAGUUAUCGUACGCAGGCAGAGAGAGCUCAACUCAUAAAAUCAGUUCUCUUUGGUAUUCAAGCAUUUUGGGCACAGAUCUAUAUCCUUCAUACAAAGGUCUUGAAACUCAUUAAAGCUCACUGCAUGAGCUACUUAUGGUCAGGAAGUAGUACUAUAACUAAAAAAGCUUUAGUGGCAUGGGACAACGUGUGUACCCCCAAGAGUGUUGGGGGACUGAACCUCACCAAUAUGUAUCUAUGGAAUAGGGCAGCUAUUGCCAAACACUGGUGGGAUAUUGCCCACAAACAGAACAAGAUGUGGAUUAGGUGGAUCCACUCAUACUAUAGUAAACAACAACACAUGGACAGUGUACCAGUACCAAAGCAAGCCAACUGGAUGGUAAGAAAGAUGUUCGAGGCACGACCUUUAGUAGCCAACAUGCAAAUUCAGCCUACAGGUAAAAACACGAUUAGACAGAUCUACUAUCAAGCUCUUACUGCUAGAUCUAAAAUGCCAUGGAAGUGUAUCAUGUACAAAAAUGCUGCAAGGCCCAAAACAGCUUUUACUAUGUGGCUAUGGACAGAUUACUAA